AUGCUUCCUGAGCUUCCGGCACGAUUGCAGUUCGCCCGUCUGCUGCUCGAGCACCAGCUGCACAUGGAGGCGCUCGACGUUCUUUCGACGGCGCGCGAGGAGGAUAGCCUCGAGGUCGAAGCGGCGUACCUUGAGGGCUGGGCGUGGUACCUUCGGGCAGAGGCGAUCCUCGAGAACCCGUCACUGCUGCAGAAGACUUCGGAGGACGAGGACGAGCCGUUGACUGCCGAGGAGUGCUUCUCGGAGAGCUUCCGGUGUCUCCUCGAGUGUGCCAAGUUGUUCACGGAACAGGAGUACCCCGACGAGGGCAUCGGAAGUCACGUGCAGGAGCUCAUCUCGAACCUGGAGGCGAAGGGCGUCAAGCCGGCCGUCGCGGAGGAGAAGCCGGAGGGCGAGGAAGGAGCGGAGGCCGAGGGUGACUGGGAGGAUGUGCAGGACGGCGACGUCAACAUGGGCUAA